CCUCUCGGUCCUUGCGCUUGCGUAUUGCGGCUUCUGCCUGUCGCCUCGGCCCGGAUCGGGAAGUGACAAGCGGGAGUCGGGUUUCCCCGCCUUCGCCGCUACCACCGCUGAAUCCGGACCCCUUACCCAGGCCCGAGCCUAGCCGCCAUGACUAACGUGUACUCCUUGGAUGGGAUUCUGGUGUUUGGUUUGCUCUUUGUUUGCACCUGUGCCUACUUCAAGAAAGUACCUCGUCUCAAAACCUGGCUGCUAUCAGAGAAGAAGGGAGUUUGGGGUGUGUUUUACAAAGCUGCUGUGAUUGGAACCAGGCUGCAUGCUGCUGUGGCAAUCGCUUGCAUCGUAAUGGCCUUUUAUGUCUUGUUUGUAAAAUGAAUUACAAAAUACCCAACUCAUCAACUGCCAACCAAGGGGACAGGGGUGAAGAACCUGUUGGAGGCCUGGACCCAGUGUAGGAGAGUUCAGCCAAAAACAUCAAUGUCCCCAAGGUGACAUCACAGCAUCUGCCCCUGCCAUAUGUGAGGAAAACUACUUGUGGUCACGGAUGUUAUUUAUGCUUUAGGGGACUCCAGAAAGCCAACUUCCUUUGAUCUGUGUGUAAAUUGGCUCUCAGCAGUGAACAUAUAAUGUCCAGUUUAAUUACACCCAUCAAUGAUAAGAUUAUAUACCUCCUGCUUUUUAAAAACCUGUCACCUGGGCUAGGGUUGAGCUCAGUGGUACAAUAUUUGCUUAGCAUGUGUGAGGCCCUGGAUUCAAUUCUCAGCACUGCAAGAAAACAAAAAUAACACCAACAUGUCACCUGUUUUGUUCUUCAACCCCGCAUCAGGAUCUUUUCAAACUGAGGCUUAUAGGGAAGGACAUAGGCUGUGUUCAGACCUCUUGAAAGGAGAGAUAAUUUUCAAGACUUGACUUUUUUUCACUGUUUAAUAUGGUUUUGGCAAAUUGGGGAGGGAGGGUACCAGGUGGGAAAAAGGAGUUAUGAAAGGCCAGGAAAUUGCUUGGUUUUAGAAAAUUGUCUUUUAUCUACUUACCUGGGAACAUGAGAGAGAGGCAUGGCUCUCAUUGCAAAAAGAGAAUAGAUGAAGCAGCUUGGUGUGUGCUGAGAGCUUGAGUUUUGCCAAGAGAAUCUGAGCUCAUAUAAAAAUCCAGAAAUUAACCAUCUGUGAUGAGACUAAAGAGCAGUGAUUAAGACAAGAAAACACUUCCUGUUCACCUGUAUCCCCAAAAGAAGACUUUACUCAAUCAAAUGGUAUAUGAAAAAUGAAUCAGCUGUUGCUAUUUCCUAAGGCUUUUUUAUAUUUUCUAACUUAGUGCUAAAUACUGUUACUCAGUUUUAAAUGCUACCACUAGGGGAAAAAGAAACGGUUGAAGAAAUAAUUGUUUAAUAUAUUUGCAGUUAGAGGAGAAGAUAUAAAUUAGCAUAUUAAUUCAUAUACUAGUGAAUUCAUCUAGUAUAAGAAUUUAUUGUGAUAUUAUAUGGAAGUGUUCUCAUGUUAUAAAAGAUUUAUACUUAGUCUUUGUGUUAUGGCAAUUUUUAGUUGACUACCUGUUUUCUUGGCCAACUGCAUUUUCUUUAUAUCACAGUCUUUUUCAUUGUUUCUGGAAAUUAUUUACUGGGGAAACAUGAGAAAUUCAAACGAGAAGUUGGUGAUAUUCGUUGGCAUGUUUGGACAGUUCAUAGACUCCAUUAGUGAAAUAAGAAUGUUUUCUAAAGUAAAGGAGAAUAGAACUUUACAAUUCAGAGAAAAGAGCUUUUUCAUUGACUAUGGCAAUUCCUGAGCAAAUCUUUUCAGAUGACAACAUUUUCAGGAAAGACUUUUCUGCUCCCUCCUCAUAUAUGCAGAAUCAGCUGUUGGAUUUGUGAAGCUAAGAACUUCUGUAUAUGAAAAAAAGUCUAAAACUAAAUUAUAGUAAGCAAGCAUAGAUAAAGAUCUUCCAGUUGAAUUGUCCAUUACAGCAAAACUUGACUGUGGACAAAGUUAGCUGUGGAUAUCUCCUGUAUGGCAAUAAAUUAAUUUGUCUUUUGUCUGUUUUCUAUAAAAGAUUAAAAGCUGCUAGGAAGUUUAGGUUCUACUAUAUGCAGUUUCAUGCUUUGAGGGAUCCUACAAGUACAGACAUCAUCAAGUAAACACUACAUGUCUAAUCAUCUCAGAGUUGUGGCUGUUAUCUCUUCAGGGAUUGGUCCACAGGAUAAAUUUCAGUUAUUCAUGUUUCCAAUUGUCAUUUCUGGAAUCUUUCAUAUGAGAAAGGAAUAGAAAAGAAAAGUUACAUCAUAUGGUGUGAAUUUGGAAUCUGUUGGUCAUAGGGAAUGUCUCCCUGGGAACAGGUUCAGCAUGUUUUGCACUUGUUAUUUGGUAGCUUUAAUGACUUGUUUUCUAAUAGGGCUAAUGUCUCUAAGUUUGGUGCUUAGAGCUGCUUCAUAUUUUAAACUAGUUCCAUUCCACAUUGUAGUUCAACCAAUUUUUAUAACUGCCUGGGUGGGUCAUGUUGGCCUAGACUCUUUGAGUGGUGAUAUUUUGAGAUUUUUCAUUCCAGAAUGUACCAAAAAGUGUACAAGGUGAAGAUAAUUUACAGCAAGAAACAAAUACACAGCCUAUUUCAUUUCUUGAUUUUAUAUAAACAGAAAAACAGAAACUUUAACUCAUUACUUUGGUUGAUAUGUCAUACUAUUUUGGCUAAAAAUUAUAAAAAUUGUUCCUCUGGGGAAGUCUUAGGGGUGGGGGCAUGAGGAGAGCAAUAUUGCCUCAAAUUCAACUUGGUAUCACCAUAAACCCUGUGUACCAGGGUAGAAUGAAGUCAGCUCCUUUUUAUAGUUGAAAUACAGUUUUUUUUAUUCAUCAAUAUCUGCACAAAUCCUUGAAAAUAAAAUUUCUUUCCCUACAAUAUUUGUCCAUUUUAUUUGACACGUGAUGAAUUUGUUGAACUUUUUUUUUUUCAGUACUUCCCUUGCAUUCUGGUGAUAGCUCACCUAUUUAGUUCACAUUAGUGAAUGUCUUCAUUCCUGUUAUCCACUUUUGAGGGUCAUUGAAUGUAUGAUAGAGUUGAGAAUAUAUGAUAGCCUAGCUUUCUCCUUUCAGAGGAGAUGAGGUUUCAUAAAACUUAGGUAUAUUGAAUAAGGUAGAAAGCACUCACCCAAUACAUUUAACCUGCCUCUGCUACUAAAAUGUAAGUAUUAUCUCCCAUAAUCAAUGAAGUAAUUUAUUCAAAUGAAGUUUUUCAGGUAAACCAGCCAGGCACCUAAAAAAAUCUUUCAGCCAACAGAAUCUUGUCUCAUACAACAGAUAUUCCCCUACUCCCUAUUUGUUUAUUCCAAGUGCCUGGCACAUAUACAGAUUAUGACUUCAGAAAUUAUUUCUAUUAAUCUCUAAAAUUCUUUUGCUUUAUCUUCUCCCUACACUCUAAUUUCAUUGAAAAAGAAGGGAAGAGGAACUGAGAUGUUGAAAGUUGUGAUCUCUACUGUGAGAGGUGCCAGUUCUACUUACAUAAUCACUAUUCAUUUUUUUCUUUUUGGUGGUAUUGGGCUGCUGCUAUUUUUCACUAUACUUGUGGACUUUGAAAGUUAGACAUGUUUUAAUGGAUGUGAAUGUAAAUGACUGCCACACCAUCAAGUUCUGAGCAGCCAGAGGGCUCUGUGAGGCAAGGGAUAUGCCUUCCUAUCUUUACCCAUUUCACAGAUACCCUGACCACCUAGUUUUUGGAUUUAAAUAUUCCUCGGGGGCUGGGGAUGUGGCUCAAGCAGUAGCACGCUCACCUGGCAUGCUGGGUGUGUGUGGGGGGGCGCUGGGUUCGAUCCUCAACACCACAUAAAAAUAAAGAUAUUAUGUUCACCUAAAACUAAAAAAUAAAUAUUAAAAAAAAAAUAUUCCUGGGGCUGGGAGUGAGUGUGGCUUAGUGGUAGAACAUGCCUAGCAUGGGUGAUGACCUGGUUUUGGUCCCCAUUACUCAAAAUAUGUAUCAAGAAAAACAAAUCUAGGGCUGUGGUUGUGGCCCAGUACUGGGUUCAAUUCUUAGAACCACAUAAAAAUAAGUAAAAUAAAGAUAUUGUGUCCAUCAACCACUAAAAAUAUUUUUUAAAUGAAAACUCGAUUCCUCACCUUUUCUGUGGUGAAAGAUGCUUGCCUUCUCCCUUAGAAGAACUCUUGGAGCAGCUGAUGCUCUUCUUGGUGGUGACCAUCGGUCACUCUGUCCGUGCAAAGUGAACCAUUCACCUAAAAAUCUGACAUUGAAUCAUCUUAUACUCAAUAUUUUAAAAUUUAAGACAAAAAUAAAGUCGAGAUAAAAGAAAACUAUAGAUGUGCAUAUGAAGGUUUAUAUGAAUUAAUAUAAAGAUAAAAAGACAACCACCAUUCAGUAUUAAUUCAGUCUCCUCUCCCUAAGGCCUCCAAGCCACACGAGGGCAGCAGGACGCGUCCUGGACAAGAUUGUGCUAGGGAGUCACCAGCCUAUGGUGGGUGGCUUCUCCCAGAAUCCUCCGCGGCGGCGGCGCCGGAGGGUUUAAAAGAGGGUGCGGACUUCCGCUGCCUCACGGGAGGGAGAGCGGCCUGGGCUGAGGCGACUGUGUGUUGUGUUGUGUGGAAGGUGCGUGUGGGCCCAGUGAGCGAAUGGACGCUCGAGUGUGUGUGCGUGGAGCGUGCAAGGCGAGUGCGUGUACCCCACCUGCGCCCCUCCCCCCGCCUACACCUUGAUCUUAUUUGAUCGGGUCGUGACCCCAGCCCCGCCGGGCCGCCCCGAAAUGAAAAGCUCUCCUCCUGCGAAGCCCCCUCCUCCGGGCGCUGUGCAGUGAGGCCCUUUGGGCGGCGGCAGCGCCGCGGUCCCUGAGGUCCCGGAGCUGGUCCAAUGGGCCCGGUGCUCAGAAGUGAUGAAUUGAUCAGAUAGACGAGGCCGGGCCUGUCCCGGGCCAGUGAUUAUCGAGGCGAUUCUGAUCUGAGCCCAG